UAAUAUGAUAAUAUCCAGCUGUAUGCAGAAGUCGUAGUAGGACAUGCGCAGUAGUCUAUUUAGAAAACGGUAAGGAUUCAAAGUUUUUUGUUUGCUUCUCUCGGUGGAGAGAUGUUCGGCUUUCAUAAAUCCAAGAUCUACAGGAGCCACGAGGGCUGCUGCAUCUGCAAGACCAAGUCGUCCAGCUCCCGCUUCACGGACAGCAGGAGAUACCAGGAAAACUUCCGGCUCUGUUUUGGCUUGAUGGAAGAUCGCACUGGAGAUAUCUGCAAUGCUUGUGUGCUGCUAGUGAAACGGUGGAAAAAACUUCCUCUUGGCUCCAAAAAGAACUGGAACCAUGUUGUAGAUGCGCGAGCUGGACCAGGGUUCAAAUUGACAAAGCCCAAAAAGAUAAAAAUUGUGGAUGGCAAAAAGAAAAGUAAGCUUGCAAAACUGCACAAGUUGAAAAGGCAAAAUUCUGAUGCCCACAGCACAACAUCUAGUGCUUCUCCUUCACAGUCCCCAAGUUACAGCAACCACUCAGAUGAAGGGUCAGACAUCGAGUCCAAACGAAGACAUUCAUCCCCUGCAGUUCUUUCCUUCAUUGAUCUUACUUACUGGAAAAGGCAAAAGGUGUGUUGUGGAAUUAUUUACAAAGGCCGUUUUGGCGAGGUCAUGAUUGAUUCCCGUAUGUUCAAACCUUGCUGCAGUGCAAAAAAGUCAACAACCCUCUCUCAGCCUCCCCCACCGUCACUGCAGGAAUUGAAGGAGGAGUGGUAAGGGGUCUCGGAUGCUAUAUUGCGCUCUCAGGAUAUACCCUGGGUACACUUACUUUUGUCUCCAGUGGCAGACUCUCAUUCUUGUUUGUAUAAUUCCUGUCGUCGUCCACCUUAUUAAAAACAAACAAACAAAAAAAGGUAAAUCAUUCAGGCACACAAGCUAUGAAACCAUAAAGUUGUGCAUCUUUACAGGAAAUUGAUUUUUUCAGCAUCUCUUUCUGAGAAGAAAAUGCUGUUUUUAA